GGCUUCUCCACGCUUCGCCAUGACGAACAAAUGACCGCGCGGGGAAUGAGAUUGAAGUUCCAGCGAGGCGAGCGCGUUCUCUGCUUCGAGCCCGACCCCACCAAGGCCCAAGUGCUCUAUGAUGCCAAGAUUGUUGAUAUUGUUGUUGGAAAAGAUGAGAAGGGCAGAAAGAUUCCAGAAUAUCUGAUCCAUUUUAAUGGUUGGAACAGAAGCUGGGAUAGAUGGGCAGCUGAAGAUCAUGUUCUUCGUGAUACAGACGAAAACCGCAGAUUACAACGUAAAUUGGCAAGAAAAGCUGUAGCUCGCAUGAGAAGAAAGGGAAGGAAGAAGAGACGUUGUCGGCUGCCUGGUGUUGACUCUGUGUUAAAAAGCCUUCCUGCUGAGGAAAAUGAUGAGAGCAGUGAAAAUUCUAUAAGUAGUUCUUCUGAUGACAGUGAUGAAGGAACCGAUGAAGAAAUAAAAAGUGAAGAAAGUGACAUUGAAGAGAGGACAGACAUGAAAGAAGAACAAGAGAUUCACACUAAAAGGGAUAUGGAAGAAAGAGCAAUAAGCAUAGAAAUUCCUGAAGUUUUGAAAAAAAAGCUUGAAGAAGACUGUUAUUAUAUUAACAGGAGAAAACGGCUAGUGAAACUGCCUUGUCAGAGAAAUAUAAUAACUAUCUUGGAGUCGUAUGUGAAGAAUUUUGCCAUUAAUGCAGCGUUUUCAGCUAAUGAAAGAUCUCGGCACCAUCAAAUGACUUCACAUGUCAACAUGAACCUUCAUUAUGUCCCACCAGAAAAGAAUGUUGAGUUAUGUAAAGAAAUGGUGGAUGGACUGAGGAUAACCUUUGACUUCAUUCUUCCAUUGAUCUUGCUCUAUCCCUAUGAGCAAGCACAGUUUAAGAAGGUGACUUCAUCCAAAUUCUUUCUUCCAAUCAAAGAAAAUGCAGCAAACACUAACAGAAAUCAGGAGGAGCUAUCCCCGAGUCCACCUCUGCUGAAUCCACCAACUCCUCAAUCCACAGACAGUCAGCCUACAACAGGCGAGCCAGCAACACCCAAGAGGCGAAAAGCUGAGCCUGAAAUACUACAGUCUCUGAGGCGUUCUACACGUCAUACAUCGAACUGUGACAGGUUGUCAGAAAGUAGUGCAUCUCCACAACCUAAACGACGGCAUCUCGAUACGCCUGCUUCAAUGCCAAAACUGUUUUUGCAUCUGGAAAAGAAAACGCCGGUCCAUAGUGGGUCGUCAUCACCUAUCACUCUGACUCCUAGCAAAGAAGGGAGUGCAGUAUUUGCUGGCUUUGAAGGUAGAAGAAAUAACGAAUUCAAUGAGGUGUUGUCUUGGAAACUGAUGCCAGAGAACUAUCCCCAAAGCGAUCAGCCACCUCCUCCCUCUUACAUCUAUGGAUCUCAGCAUUUGCUACGGAUGUUUGUUAAACUUCCAGAGAUACUGGGGAAGAUGUGCUUUCCUGAUAAAAAUCUAAAAGCUUUGGUAAAGCAUUUUGAACUGUUCUUGAGGUUUCUAGCAGAAUACCAUGAUGACUUCUUCCCAGAAUCUGCUUAUGUAGCUGCAUGUGAGGCUUACUAUAGCACCAAGAAUCCUCGGGCAAUCUACUGAAGCUUUUAGUGAACAAUAAAUCCUGCUGUACAUAGCCCAUGGUUGUUGCUGCUUUGCCACAUAGCUACGAGAUGAAGAUGAAAUGGAAUUUGUAUGGCCUUUUUCAGAUAGGAAAAAGGGAGUCGCUUCUAUGACUACUGGAUUCGUUAGCAGAGAUGGACCACUUCUUGUUUUAGAGCCAUGCAAACAUUGCAUUCUGAAUUUCUCCAAGUGUUGCAUGUAAGCUGCACUUCUAGAAGAAGCCCUGCACUGACUUCUAAUGCAUAGGACUGCAUAUAGUUCUUAUUAAGAAGUGUGUGUGGGGGGGAAGCAGGUGCAUUAGCAGUGGGACGCUUUCAUGAAAACAAAUACCUCAUGCUGUCUUUCAUUUUAACAUGAACUGUUUUCAGCAUGAAAAGUUAAACUGGCUUCACUCUCGUGUAAGGAGAAUGCAUAACUGGCAUCCUGUGGAUUUCGUUUCACACACAGAACGCACACUUCAUUUUGUGAAACGGUCAUGGCAGAAAAGAGUGCUGCAUGUAGAGGAAGAAUUGCAUAGCAAUUUUAUUGUCAUGGUCUCUGACUCAAGGAAGUAGUUUUCUGUGGCUUAAAUGAAAAAUGUUGCUUGGUUUUUCUUUUUAAAAGGUAUCUGUCUUUCCCAUAGUAGGUUGCCACAGUUACAAGUGCAGACCUCACCAGUGAUUCAUCUUAUCCAUGUCUGUGAAUGAUUCCUAAAGGCAUUAAAGAACAGGAUGUUCUAACAGGUUCUCACAGAGUAAGCAUAGAGUGAAUAAAGUGACAGCAAUUACUUUGGCAAACUUUUUUCUUAAU